AUGUCUUAUGCAAGUUACAACACAGUUGAUCAAUAUUCAAGUCCAAGUGUUGGUUCUUCAGACUUACCAAUAGAUAUGGCAGAAGGAAAUGAAGCAAAUGUAGACCUAAUUGGGUUAGAAUGUGAUGCUGGAAAGGAUGUUACUAAGGAAGUUGAAGAAGUGGAAGGGGACUGUGAACCAUAUAAAAAAAAGCAAAGGAAAAAAUCUUCAAUUAUUUGGCAGGAAAUGACAUUGGUCAAACUUGAGAAUGGUGAGGAAAAAGUGCAAUGCAAUCACUGCAACUACAAAUUGAAAAAGCAAAAGGAUGGGACAACCACACAAUACAAAAGACAUUUAGAUUGUUGCAUAAAACGCAAGAUAAAUCUAUAUGGGCAAAGGAACAUUUGUGUACUUCCAUCAACACAAAAAUCAGAAAGUGUUAAUGGUGUUCAAAGUUGGAAGUAUGAUCAAGCGAGGAUAAGGGAAGUUAUAUCUCACAUGAUCAUGGUUCAUGAAUUGCGAUUUUCCUUUGUUGAGUAUGACCUCUUCAACAUAGUCAUGCAAACUGCAAGUCCAUAUUAUGAGCGAAUUAGUCGAACAACAACCACAAAAGAUUGUUGGUCAACUUAUGAGAUAGAGAAGAAACGAGUACAAGGAUUGUUGAAAUUAGUUGACAAAAUUAGCAUCACAACUGACAUAUGGACAUCAAACCAGAACAUCCAAUACAUGGUGAUAACUGAUCAUUUUGUAGACUUGGAUAAAUGGAGUAUUGAAGAGAAAGUGUGGACAAUCACGGUGGAUAAUGCCUCAUAUAAUGAUUCAGCUGUGAGGUUGUUACAUGACUCUCUUUCUUUCCAUACAAAUUUGCCACUUGAUGAUGGUCUUUCUGAGAUUAAGUCUAUCAUUGAAAAUGUGAGAGAUAGUGUCAAGUACAUUAGUGCCUCACCUCACCGAUUGCAUAGUUUUAAUGAGAUUUGCAAACAGCUUCAAGUGCCUAGCAAGAAGUUGAUUUUAGAUUGCUGCACUAGGUGGAAUGCAACAUUUGUUAUGUUGUCCUGUGCUUUGGAUUUUAAGCAAGUAUUCCCCCGAUAUCAACUUCGAGAUCCGAAUUAUAAUUGCUUGCCUUUUGAUGAUGAUUGGCAAAGAGUUGAGGAGAUAUGCUCUUUAUUGGUGCAUUUCAAUGAAGUUACACAAAUUAUCUCAGGUUCUGAAUAUCCAACAUCAAAUUUGUUCCUUCCUGAACUAUAUAACAUCAAAGAAAUCUUAUGUCAAAAGUCUGUAAGUGUAGAACCUUGGAUGAAAAACAUGGCCCAAAGAAUGCAGCAGAAGUUUGACAAAUAUUGGGGUAGUAGCAAUCUAUUGCUUUCUAUUGCUGCUGUUUUAGAUCCUAGGAAUAAAAUGACAUUUAUUGAAUUUUCUUUUCCAGUCAUUUAUUCUGAGUAUGAAGCUACUAGACAAAUUGCUAUUGUUCAUGAUUCUUUGUAUGAGUUAUACAAGAUAUAUUUGGAUAAAUAUGCAGCAACUUCAAAGGAAAAUGAUUUUCAGGCAAUGGAUACUUCUGAAAAUUGUGUUGCUACUACUACAUGGAAAGGGAAGGGGCUAGUUGUUGAAACAGGGAGAUCAAAGUUUGAGAAAUACUUAUUUACAGGAUGGUGUGUUUAUUUGUGA